AUGGAGGUCAAACUAGCAUUCCCCCAGGACAGACCGCCACUUUCCAUCAUUUCGGCUGCUAAGAUUGCAGGUGUUUCCGUAAUCAUUGAUCCGACCCUUGCCUCAGGUUCAGUGCCCACACUACACUUCAGUUCUGGGGAUUUUAUACAUGGUGUCAACACAAUUCUCCGGUACAUUGCAUGUGCUGCAUCUGUUUCCAGCUUCUAUGGCCAGGACGAUAUUCAGGUUGACCAAUGGCUCGAGUACGCACCACUCAUUCUCUCAGGCUCUGAAUUUGAAGCUGCUUGCUUAUUUCUUGAUGGAUACUUGGCAACUCGAACCUUUCUGGUUGGUUAUGGCCUAUCAAUUGCUGACAUUGUCGUGUGGUCAAAUCUCACAGGAACUGGUCAACGAUGGGAAAGUCUAAGGAGGUCAAAGAAAUAUCAAAGCCUUGUACGCUGGUUUAACAGUGUAGUUGCAGACUAUGGAGAUGCACUGGAUGAAGUUACAUCUGCUUAUGUUGGCAAGCGAGGAAUUGGCAAAUCUCCUGCGCCAAGUUUGAAAGAAAAGAUGCCUGGUUUGAAGGAGAACACGUCAGGUCAUGAAAUAGAUCUCCCAGGUGCAAAAGUUGGGGAGGAAAGCAAUGAAUUUGUGGAGAAUGUCCUGAAAGAUAUUGAGACGCUUGGGGUUAAAUACGAUGUAGUUACAUACACAUCGGAUUAUUUCCCAAAGCUAAUGGAAAUGGCUGAAAGUUUGAUUAAGCAGGGAAAGGCAUAUAUUGAUGAUACACCCAAGGAGCAAAUGAGGACUGAAAGGAUGGACGGCGUGGAAUCUAAACGUAGGAACAGUACUGUUGAGGAGAACUUGUCGUUGUGGAAAGAGAUGGUUAAUGGCACCAUAAGGGGUACUCAGUGCUGUGUACGUGGUAAACUUGACAUGCAGGACCCAAACAAAUCACUUCGAGAUCCUGUGUACUACCGUUGCAACCCUGAUCCCCAUCAUCGUGUGGGCUCAAAAUACAAGGUCUAUCCAACAUAUGACUUUGCUUGUCCAUUUGUUGAUGCACUGGAAGGAGUCACUCAUGCUCUUCGUUCAAGUGAAUACCAUGAUCGGAAUGCACAGUACUAUCGUAUCCUUCAAGACAUGGGCCUGCGGAGGGUAGAAAUCUAUGAGUUCAGCAGGCUGAAUAUGGUUUAUACCGUUCUUAGUAAGCGCAAGCUUCUGUGGUUCGUCCAAAACAAGAUGGUGGAGGACUGGACUGACGCACGCUUUCCCACUGUACAAGGCAUAGUACGUCGUGGCUUGAAGAUUGAAGCAUUGAUCCAAUUUAUACUGGAACAGGGUGCGUCAAAAAAUCUGAAUCUUAUGGAGUGGGAUAAACUCUGGACAAUCAACAAGAAGAUAGUCGAUCCAAUUUGUGGAAGGCAUACUGCUGUGCUGAAAGAAAAAUGUGUGCUUCUCACACUUGCUAAUGGUCCAGAGGAACCAUUUGUUCGAAUCUUACCACGGCAUAAGAAAUACGAGGGUGCUGGGAAGAAGGCUACAACGUUCGCCAACAGAAUUUGGCUAGAGUAUGCUGAUGCAUCAGUCAUUAGCGUGGGUGAGGAAGUCACUUUGAUGGACUGGGGAAAUGCUAUCAUUAGAGAAAUCAAGACAGAUAAUGGAACAAUCACUCAACUAGUUGGUGAACUCCAUCUUGAAGGGUCAGUGAAGAUGACAAAGCUGAAACUAACAUGGCUAUCAGACAUUGAAGACCUUGUGUCUCUCUCUUUGCUGGAAGAAGAUGAGGACUUCCUUGACAAUCUCAACCCUUGCACUCGACGAGAAGCUUUAGCUCUUGGUGACCCAAACAUGCGGAACGUCAAGAAAGGAGAAGUUAUACAGCUCGAAAGGAAAGGAUACUACAGGUGUGAUGUUCCAUUUGUCCGGUCGUCCAAACCAAUUGUGCUUUUUGCCAUCCCAGAUGGCCGUCAGAAGUCUACGUCGAUUGCUACUGGAGCCUAG